CUCACUCGCCCGCCCUCUUAUCAUGUCACCAGAAUACCGCCUACCACCCUGAUUAUCAGUCGAAAUCAAGUCGGAAGAACGGCUUGCUUCUAUGAAAUUCUGACAUACACAAUGCCGACAUUUGCUGUCGAAAAGAACCCCGGGGCCGGGGGUGAGCACCGCCCAUUGCUCCCCUCCACGCCCGGCCGGACGCCGAGGCAGCAGAGGCGCGCGAGGGCGGCACUCGGCCGGGUCUGCGAGACCAUCGCCUGGGCUUUCUUCCUGGGCUUUGCCCUCUGCGCCUUCAUAGACAUGUACUUCCACCGCGGCGCCUGGUGGUGGCCCGGCUCAGACCUGUCCGCCGCCUCGCUGGAAACCUGUGCCUGGUCGCACCUGGAGCCCCAUGUCGGCCUGCUGGACGUCGCCCCCAUCGGCCGUGAGGAAUACCUCCGCCGGCAGGGCACACUCGCCGGCGAGCUGAGGGCUGCCGGCGCCGACGCCUUCAUCGCCGAGCCGUCGGCCUCGUCGGCCUAUUACGCCAACGUCUCGUACGAGUUUGAUCUCUCUGAGCGGCCCUUCCUGAUAAUCGUGGACAAGGACGCCCGGUUCUCCUACCUUGUCCCCAAGUUCGAGGCUGGCCGUAUUGCGGGCCUGGAGAUGGUGUUCAGCGACAAGACCGUCAUCGAGUGGGCCGAGGAGGAGUCGCCGUAUGAGGUCUUGGCCAAGGCCACUGGCUACUCCAAGGUCGUCCUGGACGAGCACGCGAGGUUCAUGAUCGCCGCCGGGCUUCAGGAGGCGGGCGUCGAGGUUGUUCCCAUGAACGAGGCGAUCCAGUCCCUCCGGUCCGUAAAGACAGAGGCCGAGAUCGAGAUCCUGAGGGGUAUCAACUCCUUCACACUGGAACUGGUCCGCUCGCUGCAGAAGUGCAUCAAGGUCGGACUCACGCAGGAGACAGUCGUGACUUCGGCCAAGGGGCUCUUCACCCGCGCCGGCGUCGGCAGGGGCUUCUGGUCCAUCGUCCUCUUCGGCGACCAGGCUGCCUACCCCCACGGGGGCAAGCACGGCAAGACGCUGGAGGACGGGGAGUAUGUGCUGAUUGACAUUGGUUCCAAGCUGCAUGACUACGGCAGCGAUGUGACGCGGACCGUGUUGCCCACGGGAGGGCAGGUCAGCGACGAGCUGAAGGGUGUCUGGAAGACUGUCCAAGAGUCCCAGUCGGCGGGUUUCAACCUCAUGCACCCCAACGAGACGUGCUCUGAGGUCGACUCUGCCUCCCGCAAGCCUAUCUCUGAUGCUGGCUAUGCGGAGUUUUACACGCAUAGACUCGGCCAUGGGCUAGGUCUUGAGAUGCACGAACAUCCUUACCUGAACGGUGCCAACAGCGAGAAGCUGAAAAUCGGGCAGGUCGUCUCGAAUGAGCCGGGCAUCUACGUGACAAGUGAACAAGCGUACAAGGUCGGCAGAGAGACUGGGUUCGGAGUCAGGCUGGAGGAUCCGAUCUUGGUCACAAAGAAGGGUGGCGUCCCCUUGACUGGCAGCCGGGCGGCUUCUCCAUAUGAGCCCUGAAGAAGUGCUCGAAGUUUUGGUGCCAUCUAUUGAUCCCAGGGGGAGUGCAUGAGAUGGAGGCCAAGAAGGGGCCAAUUGUUCCCAAAUACAAUGGUAGUAUGUAAUGCUGCUAAGAAUGGAAUUACAGAAGCGAUGCACGUCUUCUCCCCACG